CUCAUAUUUGCUUCUUCUCCGUCUCUCUCUGGCUUUGGAGGUUUGAUAUAGGGAUUUGGUGUGUGGCUGUGGGGUUUGCGAGACACUCACUCGGUCACUCGCUCACUCGCUCACUCGGUCACUCACUCUGUUUUUCGUUCAUUGGAGAGUGAGUGAUGGGAGAGAGGAUCCAUGGCGGCGGGAAUGGGAAUGGAUGCUAUUUCCAUUUUCCUCCUCCGCCGUCCCCUGUUCGUUCCUCUUCCUCCUCUAUCCCUCCAGAUCGCGAAAGAUAUUUCGCCGAACUACUCGCUGAGAGGCAAAAACUCGUGCCUUUUGUACAAAUUCUUCCCCAAUGUACCAAGCUCUUGACUCAAGAAAUCAGACGCAUGUCGGGCUUUUCUCAAAGUUUUAUCGAUCAUGAAAGACUCGAGCCAGAUAGUCCAUUCAGGCCUCUGGGUCAACAUCCAAAUACUAGACCAAUGGAGUUGGAGGGAUGGCCUGCUUUGCCAAUAGAGGACAAAGCAAAUCUCCAAAGGAUGUCAUCCUUUCAAGCGCCACCAAUGGGUUGGCCUGGGACACAAGGAGUUCCAUCUACUCCUAUUGUGAAGAGAGUUAUCAGGCUUGAUGUUCCUGUAGACAAAUAUCCAAAUCAGUAUAAUUUUGUUGGCCGAAUUCUGGGACCUCGAGGAAACUCAUUGAAAAGAGUGGAAGCCAUGACUGAAUGCAGGGUUUACAUCAGAGGCUGUGGCUCAGUAAAGGAUUCUAUUAAGGUAAAGUUGGAAGAAAAGCUUAAAGAUAAACCCGGAUAUGAGCACCUUAAAGAGCCAUUGCAUGUGUUGGUGGAGGCAGAGUUUCCAGAGGAUAUAAUUAAUUCUCGCCUGGAUCAUGCAGUGGCAAUACUAGAAAAUCUUUUGAAGCCUGUGGAUGAAUCCCUUGAUCACUAUAAGAAGCAACAGUUGAGGGAAUUGGCUAUGCUUAAUGGUACUUUGAGAGAGGAAAGUCCAAGCAUGAGCCCAAGCAUGAGCCCAAGCAUGUCACCUUUCAAUAGUACUGGAAUGAAACGAGCCAAGACAGGAAGAUGACCCACCCGGAAAUUUAACGGUGGAUCAUACAUUUUUCUAAAGUCAAGUUAUUAGCAUCUGAUUUCUUAGACUUUGUGAUGGUCUUUUCACUGAUAACUCACCAGAAACAUCCUUGUGCUGAGUCUCCUCAAGAAGCUUGCUGGGACUGGGAUGAUAGCUGGUUUACGCCAGAUUUAAUUUGACGUCCAUUCUUUGGCGUAUUAACCGCAGCAACUUUUGAAUGUCGUUUUGCUUAGUUAUAGUAUUAACUAAUUUGCAUCUGCUACUUGGUAGCGUACACUUAGUUCAAUACCUUUUAAUUUUUUUAGUUAUUUUGCAUUUAUCAAAUUAUUAAAUUACAUACAUGCAUAUAAGAGUGUUUGCAAGCAUCUCUCUAUAUAUGCAUGGUAUUGACUGAAACUAAAUAAACAAAUGGAGUGUUUUUCAUUACUGUGACAUGAUAUUUGUCAUUACUGUUCAAGUAUGGUCUAUUAAGUUAUUAUUGAGUUUGCUAAGGGAAUUUUGUAUAGUUUUAUGAACUGAAAUGUGAACUAUGCAGUCAUGGUAUUGAAGUGGUUCGACCGUGCAAUUAUUAUUCUCAGCUUGUGCUUAGUGAAGCUGCAUCUGUUGUUAAGAUUUUGAUUUUAUGAAGCUACGUUGCAUUUGUCAA